AAGAUGCAGAUUUUCAUGACCACCACUCUUGAGGUUAAACCUUUGGACACAACAGAAAAUGUAAAGGCCAAGAUCUAGCAUGAGGAAUGAACUCCUGACAAACAAAGGCUGAUCUUUGCUGGCAAGCAACAGUGGGAUAGACAUAUUUUGUCUGACUGCAACAUUCAAAAGGGGUCUACGCUUCAUCUUGUGUUGAGACUUCGUGGUGGAGCUAAGAAAAGGAAGUCUUACACCACUCCUAAGAAGAAUAAGCAUGAAAGGAAGAAGGUUAAGCUGGCUGUACUGAAAUACUACGAAGUUAAUGAGAAUGGGAAAAUCAGUUGCCUUUGUCAGGAGAGCGCUUCAGAUGAAUGCAGUGCUGGAGUUUUUAUGGCCAGCCACUUUGACAAACAUUACCGUGGCAAGUGUCAUCUGACCUACUGCUCCAACAAACUGGAAGACAAUUAA